ACACUAUCUUCUACGAUUCAACAAACACAACCCAGAAUGAUAAGCUCUAAACUUUGUUCUUUAGGCAUUCAAACCCAUUUUCAUGGCCCCUCAAAUCGAUUCACUCUAUCUCAACCACACCAUAUUUCCUUCAAUUUCAUCAACGUAAAACCAAUAGUAUCAGUAAGAAAAAUCCCUAGUUCACCACCUAUGACUGCCACCAUCGACAAUCUUCACACGUUGUCGCAGGAGGAGACCUUGUAUGACUUGUUGGGUAUAUCGGAGAGCGGGACACUCUUUGAUAUCAAACGGGCGUACAGGCAGAUGGCGUUGAAGUACCACCCAGAUGUAUCGCCUACAGAGCAGGUUGAUGAGUAUACGUUGAGGUUUAUCAGGGUCCAGGAGGCAUAUGAGACGUUAUCUGACCCAUAUGCUCGAGCUAUGUAUGAUGCUAGCAUGGUGAAAGGCUUCCACUUGGGUUUCUCAGUGAAUAAAGGGUUUCAGUCUGAUAUCAAAUUGGAGGAGAAAGCGUUGUGGAAAAAGUCGUGGCAGAUGCAGGUGUUAGAGCUUAAACAAAGGAGCACGAUGAAAAAGGUGAGAGUGGAUCGGGGAGAGAGAGUGUCAUGGGGAGAGCAGGUCCGAAAGCGACGAAGUGAAUCAUGUGACCAUGGGUCGACCCAAGACCAAUAAGGCCCCCAUCUGGUUGUAUCCUAAUGUACAGUUAAUACAUGUUUUGAGUAGUAUCGUGAAAUUAAUUGGACGUAUUAUAUUAAUUUUAUAGAUUAUAAAAAUCU